AUGCCACCAAGAGAUCUAGCAGACAGUCUUGUGGAUUCGUAUUUCAACCACGUACAUCGUCUCUACCCGUUCGUUCAUGAACCCACCUUCAGAAGUCAAUAUGAGCGAAUGUGGAUGCACGAUGGGGAUCAUUCUGAGACGAAAGCGACCUGGUUCGCGUUGCUCAAUCUCAUCUUCGCACAUGGAUACGAGUUUCACAACCCGAUCCAGGGUAGAAGUCCUUCACACUCGGCGACACAGUUUCUUGUGAAAGCUCGGAAUAUCGUCUUUGCUCACAUCUUCAAGGAGGGUAACCUGGAGCUCGUCCAAGCACUGUUAUUGAUGUGUCACUAUCUUCAAGGUACCUUGGAACUAAACGAGUGCUGGAGUCUCAGUGGACUCAUGAUCAGAAGCUCUAUUAGCAUGGGGCUUCAUCUCAACCCGUCUCCUUCCACGACUGCUGUGGAGAGGGAAGUUAGGAAGCGUGUGUGGUGGGGAUGCUUCGUUAUUGACCGCACUUUGAGCAUGAAGUUUGGGAGACCACCUUCGAUUCCGACCGUGAGUGCAGCAGACGUCGAGCUGCCGUUGCCGGUUGACGAUCAAUAUAUUAUGAAUGACUCAAUCAUUCCUCGGCAGCCUGCAAGCUGUCCCUCCUUGACGUCCUUCUUCAUUCAGACGAUCAAACUUGCACACAUCAUUGACAGUGUUCUCCUAAAGCUCUACCCAUCCACGGGGAAACCGUGGAAUUCGACGAUCAGUCAGGUCCGGAACAAUCACGACCGUUUCCCAGAGAUCUUUGGCCACUCCGUCUCCUUAGAUGGAGAACUGUUGUCCUGGUGGAACGGGAUUCCGCACCAUUUGAGAGAUGAGCCUAACAACCCAGACGGCUCAGAUUUUCAACGGCAGCGCAAUGUCAUGUACAUUCGGUUUUUGAACCUUCGAUUACUACUACAUCGUCAAUCGUUUCUCAUUUUCAGCCGACAAGAUAUCGAGGACGAAUUUCAGAGGCAUGUCGCAAUUGCUUCAUGCAACUGUUGCAUUUCCGCUGCCCGCGAGACUAUCAAGCUGAUCUACGCUCAGUAUCGUCGGCGCCUGUUGAACUCUUUGUGGUACAAUCUCCACUACGUCUUCACGGCGAUCGGCGUUCUCUUGACACUACAGACCAUGGAACGAUGGAAGCUGGAAGCCCUUGGUCAAAUCGAGACAGACGAAUCACUUGAAAUGGGCAUGGAAUUCUUGAAGGCAGCCAGCGAUACGAGUACCCUAGCCGCUCGAUACUUGAAUCUGCUGGAGCGCAUUCAGACUCAAAAGAGUGGCCGGGAGACACCAAUGCCGGGUCCAGUACCCGGUCAAGGCCAUACGUCCCAACUUGACUCGGAUAACGGAAAUCCGGCAUUGCUAUCGGCAGACAGAACACCAUGGCAACGAGCCGACGAGGCUCCGUUUCCACUCAACUCUGACCUGACUGAUUUUGACGACUUGCUCUUUGGAACGGGUCUUCCAAGAGACCUGCUGUCCGCCGAUUGGUCGAUCUUCGAAUCCAUUUGA